UGCCAGCCUACAAGUCCUUCUGGAGGGGUGAAGAGACGGCUUUCGAUUGUGACUUUGCUUAUUUCGUUUGGGGUUUAUCUUUUUUUUUUUUUUUUUUUUUUUUUUUUUAAAUUUUGAAAUUUCUGAAUCUAGUCAGAGAGAAAGAGUGAGUGAGAAAGGGGAGGGAGAUUUCCAUAGACAGCUAUUUCCCACCUCUGCCCAAGAUGAUGCAGAGCUCGGCCGUCACCACGGAAGGGUCUGUCAAGGGGCUCCCGGACAUCCUCGGUGUACCGAUGCAACAGAUCCCUCAGUGUGCCGGCUGCAAUCAGCACAUCUUGGAUAAAUUCAUCCUCAAAGUCUUAGACAGGCAUUGGCACGGCUCCUGUCUUAAGUGUGCAGAUUGCCAGAUGCAGCUGGCCGACAGGUGCUUCUCCAGAGCGGGGAGUGUCUACUGCAAGGAAGACUUCUUCAAGCGUUUUGGGACGAAAUGCACGGCUUGCCAACAGGGCAUCCCCCCGACCCAGGUGGUACGGAAGGCCCAAGACUUUGUUUACCACCUCCAUUGCUUUGCCUGCAUCAUCUGUAACCGCCAGCUGGCCACAGGGGAUGAGUUCUACCUCAUGGAGGAUGGGCGGCUGGUGUGUAAAGAGGACUACGAGACAGCCAAGCAGAAUGACGACUCAGAAGCUGGUGCCAAGAGACCUCGGACCACCAUCACAGCCAAGCAGCUGGAGACCCUCAAGAACGCCUACAAGAACUCUCCCAAGCCGGCACGGCACGUGAGGGAGCAGCUGUCUUCUGAGACGGGGCUGGACAUGCGGGUGGUCCAGGUCUGGUUCCAGAACCGGAGAGCCAAAGAGAAACGGCUGAAGAAGGAUGCCGGGCGUCACCGCUGGGGCCAAUUCUACAAGAGUGUCAAGAGGAACCGGGGAGGCAGCAAGCAUGAGAAAGAGAGCUCUGCAGAGGACUGUGGGGUUAGUGACAGUGAGCUGAGUUUCCGAGAAGAUCAGAUUCUCUCAGAUCUCGGCCACACCAAUAGAAUUUAUGGCAAUGUGGGGGACGUUGCAGGCGGACAGUUAAUGAAUGGGAGCUUCUCCAUGGAUGGGACAGGACAAUCCUAUCAGGACUUAAGGGAUGGGAGCCCUUAUGGAAUUCCCCAGUCUCCAUCUUCCGUAUCGUCCCUGCCAUCCCACACUCCAUUACUCAAUGGGCUGGAUUACACAAUGGACAGCCAUUUGGGAAUCAUUGCACAUGGAGGGCAGGGAGUGACCCAGACACUGAGAGUGAUGGCUGGGGGACCUACCUCGGAUAUCUCUACAGGGAGCAGUGUGGGCUACCCAGACUUCCCCACCAGUCCAGCUUCCUGGCUUGAUGAAAUGGAUCAUCCUCCUUUUUAA